GGGAAGCGGCGGCCGUCGAGCUCAUUGUUGUGGGAGCUCCUUAAAGGGGACGCGCGGGGGGGAGGGAAAGGGAAGGACCCAGAGGCAGAGAGAAGAGGAGCCCGAGUGCCCGGCGCUGGGGGAUAGGGUUCUCGGGAAGGUGCUCAGGAAAGGCCGGGGAUUGGCCGGGCCUAUGGAGCCCCCGCCGGCCAAGCGCAGGUGCGGCGCCGCCGGAGAGGCGCUGGAGUCCGGGCCGGGACCUGGCGUCUCUGCCGCCUCCUCCUCGUCGUCGUCGUCUUCCGCCGCAGCUGUGGUGGAGACAUUGCUGGACCUGAGCGCCCGGCGGGUGGCUGAGACGUGGGCCUUCGAGCAGGUGGAGGAGCGUUUCUCCCGUGUCCCAGAGCCUGUUCAGAAGCGCAUCGUUUUCUGGUCCUUUCCACGGAGUGAGCGGGAGAUAUGCAUGUAUUCCUCCCUUGGCUAUCACCCUCCCGAGGGCGAGAGGGACUCGCGUGUACCCUUUAAUCGUGGUCUGAAUUUGCUGCAAUCAGGUGCUGUUGACCGAGUCCUGCAAGUAGGUUUCCAUCUGAGUGGUAUUGUAACAGAGCCACCUGGUCCCAGUGAGCCCGAGCACAGUUACCAUGUCUCCAUCAGCUUUGACCGCUGCAAGAUUACGUCGGUGAGCUGUGCCUGUGAUAACCGGGAUAUCUUCUACUGUGCCCAUGUGGUGGCCUUGUCCUUGCACCGCAUCCGACAUGCUCGCCAAGUGGAGCUGCGCCUGCCCAUCUCUGAAACCUUGUCACAGAUGAACCGAGACCAGCUGCAGAAGUUUGUGCAGUACUUGAUCAGUGCUCACCACACAGAAGUGCUGCCGACAGCUCAAAGGCUGGCCGAUGAGAUUCUGUUGCUUGGCUCUGAAAUAAACCGAGUGCAUGGUGCCCCUGACCCCACAGCUGGUGCUGGAAUUGAGGAUGCAAACUGCUGGCACCUAGAUGAAGAGCAGAUCCAAGAACAAGUGAAACAGCUUCUCUCAAAUGGAGGUUACUAUGGAGCAAGCAAACAGCUGCAGUCCAUGUUCAACAAGGUGCGGGAAAUGCUGAGAAUGAGGGACUCCAAUGGGGCACGGAUGCUCAUCCUGAUGACAGAGCAGUUCCUGCAGGAUCCGCGCCUAGCACUAUGGCGGCAGCAAGGAGCUGGCAUGACGGACAAGUGCCGGCAGCUCUGGGAUGAACUGGGAGCACUGUGGGUGUGUGUGGUAUUGAGCCCCCACUGCAAGAUGGAAGAACGGGCUCUCUGGCUGCAGCUUCUCAAGAAGUGGAACAAGCUGGAUGUCUGUCCCUUGGAGGAAGGCAACUACUCCUGCGACAGCAUAGGACCUAGCAGUGUCUUGCCCCCUAAUCCAAACCGCAACUCAGCUGCGGUUCGGCAGACGGUUUUUGGACGUGCCAUCAAGGCUGCGGAACUUCGCUGGGGUGAUUGUCACCUGCAGAAGAUCCUGAGCAGUGACUGCUACGGCGUCUCCUUGAAAAGUGGAAGUGACAAGCUGGGCUUUGACCCCCAAGGCCACCCACUUUGGCUGGGCGAUGCUUUCCCCAUGGCUUGUGCUCGAGUGGAUGCUUUGCGCUCCCAUGGCUACCCCCGUGAGGCCCUGCGCCUUGCAGUGGCAGUGGUAAAUGCCAUGCGCUUGCAGCGGCGUCAUCAGCUGGAGAGCUACAAGCAGCAGAAGAAAGAACUCCUGCACAAAGGCACAACUAGCAUCACCAACCUGGAGGGAUGGGUAGGGCACCCUUUGGACCCUAUUGGCUGCCUCUGCCGCACUUUUCUGGAGGCCUGCCGGACAGAUGAUGAAGGGCUGGCCCUAUAUCCAGACUCCACAGCAGAGCCCAAGAAGGCCCUGUAUCAACACAUUCCUGUACCUUCGAGUCCUGGUGAGUCGUACUUCAUGCUGGCCUUGGAGGUGUCCUUGCUGGGGCUCGGGCAGCAGAGGUCCAUGCCAGAGGGGCUGUACGCUCAGGAUAAGGUGGUACGCAGUGAGGAACAGCUGAUUGGCCUCCUGGAGGAGAUGGAGCUGGACGAGCGGCUGGUACCCGUGCUCCGCAAACAAGCAGCUUUGCUAUUGGAUGGGGGUCCCUUCAGCGGAUUUGGAGAGGUUGUGUUCCGCGAGAGUGUUCCCAUGCAUACGUUUGCCCGCUACCUCUUCACAGCCAUAUUGCCCUAUGAUCCUGAAUUGGCCUAUCGCUUGGCACUGCGAGCCAUGAGGCUUCCUGUUCUGGAAACAGUGUUGCCAGCCACUGAUAUCCUGCACCAGAAUCCACUAGACUCCAUGAUGGCCAAUCGCUUCCCCCGCUGGUUUAUCCUGGGUCAUCUUGAAACUCGGCAGUGCGAGCUGGCAUCGGCUAUGCUCACUGCUGCUAAAGGUGACCCCAAUUGGCUGCGCAUGGUCCUAGGCUCCAUCCAGCAAAACAUCCAUUCUCCAGCGUUGCUGUUCAAACUAGCUCAAGAUGCCUGCAAGACUGCCACGCCUGCCAACACUCCUCCAGACACCACUUUGCUGAACAUCUCCCUGGAGCUUGGCCUGCAGGUGAUGCGGAUGACAUUGAACACCAUGACCUGGCGUCGCAGGGAAAUGGUGCGUUGGCUGGUCAGCUGUGCCACUGAAAUUGGUGUCCAGGCCCUGAUGAACAUUAUGCAGAACUGGUACACACUCUUCACACCCAUUGAGGCAACAACCAUUGUGGCUGUGACGGGCACCACACAUGCCACGCUGCUAAGGCUGAGCCUGAGCUCGGCACAGCGGGAUGAGCUCUGUACUUGUGCCCGGACGCUAGCCUUGCAGUGUGCCAUGAAGGACCCCCAGAACUGUGCACUGCCCGCUCUGACUCUCUGCGAGAAGAACCACGCUGCCUUUGAGGCAGCUUACCAGAUCGUACUGGACUCGGCGGCCUCUGCUGGCAUGGGUCACUCUCACCUCUUCACUGUGGCCCGGUACAUGGAGCAUCGUGGGCUGCCCAUGAGAGCCUACAAGCUGGCCACUCUGGCCUUCUCGCACCUCAGCAUUGCUUUCAACCAGGACACCCACCCUGCCCUCAAUGACGUCCUCUGGGCUUGCUCCCUUAGCCAGUCACUGGGGAAGAACGAGCUGGCUGCCAUAGUCCCACUGGUCAUCAAAAGUGUGCAGUGUGCCCCAAUGCUCUCGGACAUCUUGCACCGCUGGAGCCUUCCACCCCCUGCCCUUGCCUCGCUGGGUGGGGGGCGCCGGGGGGCUGGCAGCGCCAGUGCUGGAGGGAAGCUGUUUGCCAUGGACAAGGCCCCGCUCUGCCAGCUCCUGGAGGCAGCCAUGGCAGCCUACAUCAGCACCACUCACUCGCGCCUCACCCACAUCAGUCCCCGGCACUAUGGAGAGUUCAUUGAGUUCCUGGGCAAAGCCCGUGAGACCUUCCUCAUGGCCCAUGAUGGGCACAGGCGCUUUGGGCAGUUCCUUGACAACCUCAAACAGACCUACAAGGGCAAGAAGAAACUGAUGUUGCUGGUGCGGGAGCGCUUUGGCUAGAGGACCAUUAGAGGAGGGAAGGCUUUGGCUUAAGGGGGUUUCGGCAGUUGGAGGGAUUCCCUCCCCCCCUUGAUCAGAAGCACUUUGUCAUGGAGUGCAAAGCAGAAAGCUCUGUUCUCUUUUGGACACAUGUGCUUGGGUACGUGGCCAGCCAGAGUCUGGAUUUCUUCCUGGAUUCCAAAACCCUUUGCCAGUUGCAGGAAGAGCAGCGAGGCCUCUCUCCUCCUUUUGGUGAUGGUGCUCCAGCACUGUAAAACUGAGCAGACAGUUCUGCACUGCAGCCGGGGUUCAGAAUGGAGCCCCAGAUGGGAUGGCAUUCAGGGGGGUGGGGUGGGGAUUCUGCAACACCUGGGCCAGGCACAGACUCCAUGCAAGGUUUGAAGCACCAGCCCUGUUGGCAGGGCAGGAAGGAACUUGGCCUGCGCUUUGGAAUGCAGGAGUUGCCAAUUUCAGUAUUAACAUGCAGGAUGAGAGGAGGAAUUCCCCCUUACGCCCACACAGGCUUUGCUUGAAUGCUCCAGGCCUUGGCAGGCUCUUGCCGGUGUUGGGGCAUCCCAUCCUGUGGAAUUUCACAGCUGCUCUCCCAAUUUUAUAUUUCAACACCACUGAUGGUGCUGGUGAUUGCUUUGGCCUCAUUUAUGUAAUUUUGGGUGGUUAUGCACCUCUUUCUCCUUGCUUAGAGUCCCUGCUCCUCACUUGCAGUAUCUCUGUGACCUCAAUAUUCCUUACAUUUGAAGUACCAAACCUGUGUUGAAACCUGUCUGGUCAGGAGGGACUGGUGGAGGAGGAAUGGGUUGUCCUUGGAUCCAUCUUUGUACUGACAGGUUCCUGUGCCUUUGUGCUAAAAGCAUUUGGUACAGAAUCUCUGUUGCUUUAAGGGAUUGCUCUCACUGGCUGGGCUGUGGGUUUUUCUCAAGCUGGACUAGUAUGAUGGAACCACUUCCUGUUGAAUGGUCUUGCUAAUGUCAGUCUGCUGUUGACAAAUGGGCUACAUUAGGGAGUUUAAAUUCUCUGAAGGGGGUUGAUGGACCUGAUGCACUGAGUCAGAAGGGGCUUUCUGUGUCUUUCAUGGAACAGUACCUGUUGAAGAGACCAGGAGGGCAUCAUGCCCAGGCCUCAAGCUUGGCUUCCCCACCACCACGCAGACACAGGCACAUUAACUCCUCCAAUGCCAACCACAACCUUAUACCCCAGCUGGCUUCUCCAUCAGUCUUCUAGUCCUGCUGUGCAGUUGAGGAUUGUCCUUCCUCCUCUCGGGCUUGCCUCCGUUCCCCAACCCCCCUCUCCCAAAUGUUUCAGUAUUUCAGAUUUCCUUGGGCUGUGCUCUUGGGCCACUAACUGUCUACAGAACUUGUUUACAGUGUGGUUGGGGGCACUGAAGGGGAUGCACCAAGGGCACUUUGAGGGGCUGGUGUCCUUGUCUGUUGUCAUCCCUCUUUCCUAAUUUUCUUCCUCAAUUGAUGCCCCCAGACUCCUACAACUGAAGGAUUCCCACUUUCUGUCUCUGCCAGUAUAGAUACUUGGAGCUGCUGGUGGGCAGACAGCUCUCAUACCUCAAACCUCUUCCCUCUUUCUCCGACCACAGCAGCGCUACGACGUGGCCAGGCCUGCCACCACAGAUGCUUGCCAUGCCCCAAGUUGCUGGCACAAGAGAGCCAAGAAGUUCCCCUUCCCCCUUUUUGGAAAAUCUUGGGUCUCAGGUUUCUUGGAUUAUAAUCUACAUUGUCAGCACCCAUAAAAUCAUGCUGCCCAACUUUGGGCUUGCAUAAUCUUUUAGAGAGCAAAGUGGGGGAGUUCUGUGGCCACUAGUGGGGUGUUGAACGAUAUUUCCAGAAACAUUCUGCUCCAAAUUCCCAGUUUUUUUUCUGCUGGAUAAAAUGUACUCAGGAACAAACCACAACAAGCUCAUGCUACUAAUUAGAUUAUUGUGAAGACAAGAUAAUGUUUUACAAAGUUAAUAUAUAUGAAGAGGCAAGGGGGCCAAGAGGGUCCCCCUUUUUUGUGCGCAUGGGGCUGGGGGGCAGGCUGCGUCCUGGGCUCAGCUCCCCUGGCCCUUAGUGUUGGUGGAGAUAUUGGUGUGUUGCACAGCUCCACUUUGGAGCCAGCUAGUCGGUUAGUUUUCAAGUUUGGGGUUUUUUUCUUUGUUUUUUCCUGUAUUACAAAACAAACAAAAUCCUGUAAUUUUGUAAUUUUUUUCUAUUUAUUGAAUCAUUUAUUGUAUUAUUUUGUAAAAGGUUUAACAUAAACCUCAAUGUUUGGUUUUUCUUUUC